AUGAGCGCCUCCAAAGCUCGAGCUGAGAUGCACGGCGCGGGUGAAAGAGGAUGUGGGUCUGCGGCUUUUUGGACACAGAUGCCUUUUGUCACCCGUCUCGUGCUCCUGCUGUCCUCGGUGCUGUCCCCGUCUCUGUCCAUACAUCUUGAGGUUAUCGAGAGCCACAGUGAGUUCACCUGUGAGCCCGUCAGACUGAGAAUGUGCCAGGACCUGCCUUAUAACACCACCUUCAUGCCCAAUCUGUUGAACCACUAUGACCAGCAGACAGCAGCUCUCGCCAUGGAGCCGUUCCACCCCCUGGUAAACCUGGAGUGCAGUGCGGACCUGCGGAUGUUCCUGUGUGCGCUGUACGCCCCGGUCUGCACAGAGUACGGCCGCGUGUCCAUGCCGUGUCAAGGCCUCUGUCAGCGAGCCAAAGACGAGUGCAACAAACUAUUGGGCAUAUUUGGACUGACGUGGCCAGAAGACAUGGACUGUAGCAGGUUUCCGGACUGUGAUGAGUCGUACCCUCGUCCUGAGGACUUGGAGACGAGUCCUGAGACCACAGACCAGUCCUCCCUCACGGUGCAGAGGGACUAUGGCUUCUGGUGUCCUCGAGAGCUCAAGGUCGAACCCGAGCUUGGAUACUCUUUCAUGGACAGGAAGGACUGCUCUCCUCCCUGUCCCUCCAUGUAUUUUACCCAAAAAGAGCUGAAGUUUAUGCGCUACUUCAUCGGGGUUAUAUCCGUCCUCUGUCUGUCUGCAACGCUCUUCACCUUUUUGACGUUUCUCAUUGACGUUACAAGGUUCAGAUAUCCAGAACGGCCAAUCAUCUUCUAUGCUGUCUGUUAUGUCAUGGUUUCGCUGGUGUUCUUCCUGGGUUUUCUUUUGGAGGAGAGGGUGGCAUGUAAUGGAGCCAGUCGGGCCCAGUUCAAAGCUGCAACCAUCACUCAAGGCUCUCACAACAAGGUGUGCACCCUGUUCUUCAUGGUGCUGUAUUUCUUCACCAUGGCAGGCUCCUUGUGGUGGGUUAUAUUGACAAUCACUUGGUUCCUGGCUGCUGUUCCUAAAUGGGGCAGCGAGGCCAUAGAGAAGAAAGCGCUCCUCUUUCAUGCGGUUGCCUGGGGCCUCCCAGGGGCCCUGACCGUCACCCUGCUGGCCCUCAACAAAAUUGAAGGAGAUGGGAUCAGUGGAGUGUGUUUCAUAGGACUGUAUGACAUAGAAGCCCUGAGGUGGUUUGUUCUGGCACCGCUCUGCUUCAAUGUGGCAGUGGGUGUGGCACUGCUUUUAGUGGGCAUCGUGGCUCUAAACCGUGUGAGGAUGGAGAUCCCACUGGAGAAAGAGAAUCAGACCAAACUGGUGAAGUUCAUGAUCCGCAUGGGCAUCUUUUCUGUGCUCUACCUUGUGCCCCUGGUUACUGUGAUAUGCUGCUAUUUCUAUGAACAUACUUAUCGACACCUUUGGGAAACCACCUGGAUGCAGGAGAACUGCCGCUUCUACCACAUCCCGUGCCCAUAUAAGGUGGAGCAGACCAGUCAUCCUGCUAUGGUUGUGUUCCUUGUCAAAUAUCUCAUGAUGUUGGUGGUUGGCAUUCCCUCUGUUUUCUGGGUUGGAAGUAAAAAAACAUGCUACGAGUGGGCCGGUUUUCUCCAAGGACGGCGACGCAAAGACAGCGGCGUUAAUGAAUCUCGGCAGGUUCUUCAGGAGCAGCUGGACUUUACUCAGUCUUUACUUCGUGAACCGAAUACUCCUGUUGUCCGCAAGUCCAGAGGAACAUCCACACAGGGAACCUCCACUCACGCGUCCUCUACAAAUCUGGCUGUCAUUGAUGACAUGGAGAAACCUCAGCGGACACAGCGGCCCUCGUCCACCAGGAGCAGGGGCAGCAGUGUCCACAGCAAAGCCAGUUACCAUGGCAGCCUGAGACGCACACGCGAGGACAGGAAUGACACGGCCACUCCCCACGCUACAGAUGAGCAGAGUUUACGCAGCACCGUACCGACGAUUGAGCAGCCAGCGUCCGCUCGGAGCAGCCUCAAUCCGAUCGAGGACCACUCCACUACCAACCAGACCAGUCCACGGGAUACAGCUGAAGCCCCCAACACUGUGAUCACCCACGGGACCACCACACUGGACUCCAGAGCCACAGACAACAACGGCACAAGUGCUUGA